UUUGUUUUCUCAUCUGUUGUUUAUCAUGUGUAAAAAGUUGUUCGGUAAAUAAAAUUUUCCAAUUUUCCACUUCGCAGACACAAGUCGUUCAAGUAUUAAUAAAUUCAAGUAUCCCGUGAUUGAGGCAAUACAAUAGUACCGCUUACCAUUUCCGGGUUCUUUAUCCGAUGCGUACGGCAAAUUAGUUGAUGUGGAAAAACAUUACACAAACCAAAUGCCAACCAUGUCCGAGGGUCGUAAUAAGACGAAACAGAACUUUACUAGCUACGUAAACCAGGUUCCAGACGAAAAUUUCGUAAACGAUGACUAUAAACCAAAGCUACUAUCAGGUGAACUAGAGGCUGCUCGGGCGAAUAAUGUAUGCAUGUACAUUACAUCCUACCUAAAGGAUGGCAAAGUGUGCGGCGAGAAAAUGGGAAUUUUGCUGAUCACUAACUUCCGGCUAUCGUUUGUUUCACUGGACAUGGAUGACGAUCAGCUUUCUUUCCAGAGUAAUCGAUUUCUGGGUUCGUCAGACGUGUCACUCUCUAAUAUCGACAGAAUUUACCAAUACGUUGAUAAAAAGAAAAGAAUUAUUAGUCCGCAGGUGAAAAACAGCAGUAAGAUUGAUAAAAUACGUAUUGUGUGCAAGAACUUUAAAACCUUCACGUUUGGGUUUCAACUGUCGGAAAUCGGUAAAGGGAAGUAUAUCGCUGAUGCGCUAGUAAAGUUUGCCUUUCCAGCGCGACAUAAUCUAUUAUUUCUGUACAGGUUCAAGGAGAAAUAUUACAGUAGCCCAAUGAGUGAAGCCGUAAAGAUGUACAACAAGCAGUCGGAUUGGUUCCAGGAGCUGGAACGUUGCAAUGCAACCGGAGGUUGGCGUGUAUAUUCUAAAGACUGUCGUGUUUCCAGUAGUUCCCUACCGAUGCAUUUCGUUGUUCCUAAACAUUUAAGCGACGUCGACUAUGAUAACAUAUCAAAAAGCUUCCGAAAUAAUCGUUCUGCUAUUUGGGUUUGGGGUCUUAAGGAUGCUUCGCUGGUUCGAUUAGCUGAGCUGAAUCCAGACGUUACCAACACAACAGUGGAAAACAUUUUGCUGGAACACGUGCGCCGUUGCGAUCCGCAAAAACGACAGCCUAGGCUUUUGGAGUUAUACAAAAUUUUACCCAGUAUUCAAGAUGUGAAUUUGAGCUACAUGAAACUGCGAGAUCUGUGCACUUCGGACAACGAUCAACAAUUUAUGGUGCAGGAUGGAAGAUUCUAUUCCCUUCUGGAAAAAAGCUACUGGCUACUCUACGUCUCGCUGUGUUUGAAGCAUUCGGAUAUUGCUGCGAAGUUGCUACGCGAAGGUCAAACUGUGGUGCUCCAAGAAAUCAAUGGUCGUGAUAUGAGCUGUGUGAUAUCGAGCUUGGUGCAAUUGUUAUUGGAUAGCAGUUUUCGUACGAUGCGAGGCUUUCAAAACCUUAUUCAGAAAGAGUGGAUAAUCCUAGGACAUCCAUUCAGCGACCGGUUGGGACACGUGUCUACUGUAAAAAGUACCGAACGCAGUCCGCUGUUUCUUCUAUUCCUUGACUGCACAUGGCAGCUUUGGCAACAGUUUCCCGAUGCAUUUGAGUUUUCGGAUGUGUUUUUAACGACGUUGUGGGAUUCAUUGUUUGUUCCAAUUUUUGACUCGUUUCAAUUCAAUUCAGAAACCGAACGAUACCAAGCACUGCAUGCCGAGCAUGUUGUGCUGCGACCGGUAUGGGAUUGGGAAAAGCAAUUUGAAAGUAAAGAUCUUGCACUUUUUAUAAAUCCACUGUACCAAACAAAAAAAGCGCAUGCGGCGCUAACAGUACCGAGCGCUAGUAGUAGUUCUUCAAGUCCGCAAAAUCCUAUCCAGAAUCAUUUGUUUAAUGCGCGUCGAGCGGAAGAUUCGAACGGUCAAACUAUAGUAAACGUAGUUGGCAAAUUACAACUGUCACAGAAUAACGAACAGUUCCUGGAGCCGCAAUGCUGCCUGCGAGACAUUGAAUUGUGGCAGCAGUGUUAUUUUCGCUGGAUGCCGCAUCUCGAGAUCAAAUACGGUGGUAUGGCGCAGUGCGAUCUAUUUAACCGAAUACUGUUGAACAAUAUAUGUAAACUUCGUCAAAAUCUCGACCAAUCGGUACUUUCCGAGAUAGCGAACGACCAUAUGGAUGUACUGGAGCAAAUUCUAUCAGCAAUGGUAAUACAAAGCCGUGAUCCCGAUGCCGCAACUGAUGCUUCGCUGGCCAUCAGUUCAUUUUUCCCAUUUUCUAGUAUAGUACCAACAGCGCAGGCAGUAUGCUCAGAUUUAUUGAUUGCUAGCAACGACAUAAAUUUCUCGCAUGAUUCGAUGUAUGAAACUUCUUCGUUAAACGAUUGAGCAUAACCAUAGUUUUAAGAAAGCAAGUAUCAAGCAGAACGUGAUUGAAGAGUAUUUAAAAAGAAGUAAAAAACGAUCAGGCAAUAAUUGUUAGAAAUAGGAUCCGUGAUUAAUCAAAUAUUUUUGUUAUGUUUACUUCGAAACUAAUAUUAAUGAAUAAAUAUGAAUAACUAUUUUAUUGCUAGUA